AUGCCAUCGCCCAGUCGCACUCGCCUUUUCCUGGAGUGUAUUUAUGGUUGUCAGCAGGCGCACGUCGUGGAGCCAGACGAGGGGGCGAGUUUGAGCCUCGGCCUCUUUGCCUCUGAGCAGGAUGCUGCAAAGGCCUACGAUUGCGGCUUGCUCGCCCUGAAGGCAAGCGAGGCACCGGCGAACUAUCCUGCCAAGAAGUACAAGCAGAGCGAUAUCGAUCAAGUCGCCGACGAGCUGGAGGACGUAUGGUUUCCACGACAAUCCGCGAGGUUCAUGGGAGUGUACCGAACUCUCACCAGCACGAAGUGGCGAGCCGAGCUUGAGAUUUACAACGUGAAGCAGUUCCUCGGCAGCUUCGAUGACGAAGAGGAGGCUGCUCGAGCAGUGGACGCUGCCAUCCGCAGCACGGGUGCUGAGAAGGCUCUGCAGCUUCGCAUGCUCAACUUCUGUACCGACGCGGACUAUUUCGAGGAGGAUUCCUGGGAGGAGGAAGCAGUGCCCAGAGGAGCGUCAUCUCGCUUUAUGGGCGUCACCUACCACCAGCCUAGCGGCCAAUUCUUGGCCAGAUUUGGUCGAAGGCACCUCGGACUGUAUGAUGAGGAGGACGAUGCUGCCCGCGCCUUCGACAAG